AUGGCUGCAGAGAUUGGCCUUGUGUCUAUGACCCAGAUCCAAAAAUUAUCACAACCACACCACCACAAAAAUCAACCUCAACCAAACCCUAACUCCACCACCGCCUCAUCUACUUGGAUGUGGAACCCUAGGGAGCAGCAAGAAGUGGAAGAUGAGGACGCGUGGGUGGUCAGAGCUUUUGCAGAAGACACAAGGAACAUCAUGGGCACCACAUGGCCUCCAAGGUCUUACACCUGCACCUUCUGCAGAAGAGAGUUCCGGUCAGCCCAAGCUCUUGGUGGCCACAUGAACGUGCACCGCCGUGACCGUGCUCGCCUCCACCAAGCCCCUCCACCCAACCCCAUCUCUUCCCUUCCCACACCACCUUUCAUCAACAUCCCUCAUCAAGACCUUGUUGCAAAUGCUGGAUUGUGCCUCCUCUACCAUUUGCCAUCAAGCCCUAGUGCACCCUUCCCUCCACCUACUACUACCACUCUCAAUGCUAAUGGGGACUCUCCCUCUACUCUUCUCUCUAUCUCUUCCUUUUCUCCAAACAACUUUAUGAUGCAAACUUGCUCGCCAUCCCUUAAUUUUCCAGGUGCAGUAGUCUCUACUGGGAUCAAUAGUACUGUUUCUUCUAUCUGCUGUAACUCUACCAAACUGGACCAACCUUCAACUUCAUCUAUUGAUAAUGGCCACCUCGAAGAGCUUGAUCUAGAGCUACGGCUCGGGCACAAGCCAAAACCAACUUCAUAA